CAUCACGAUGGCUGCUCCUCAGCGUAGAGUCCAGCCUCCGGUCCAGCAGUACUACGCCGUCCCUCAGAGCCCCCAAAACGCCCUUCGUUCUCAAUACUCGCUUCCACCGCAGCCAAUGCCCCAGCCCACACCCCAACCACAGGCGUCAAGCAGCUACGACUCUCGGACGAAUCCGAAUAACAAUGAUACGACUUACGGCGUCGCAACUGGCGCAAUUGGUGGAGGAUAUGGUCCAUAUUCUUUCAAUCCCGCCGUGGCCAAUAGCAAUGGCCGGUACGGCUCUUCUCGCUUUAGCGCCGCCGUCUCGGAGACGUCAGUGGGCACUGGUGGCGAUCUAACGGUGAAUACAACGACACCAAUCAUCGGGUCGUCGACCGUUCAGACGUAUCCGUAUAUGUGGGACACCAAGGACCCCGACCUCGAUGACGCGUUGCACAACCCAGAUCCCAUCCGUGACGCGGCGAUGGAGCGUAGUUGUACGGUUUUCUCUGCGCGUGGCUGGUUGAAUAUGUCAGCACUAGUCAUUCUGGUGCUGGCGCUCCUUACCCUCUUCGCGGGAUACCCCAUAAUCGCCUAUUACGCUUAUCCGACUUUGAAGUCAUCAGGGUAUAACCUUGGUGGAAUCAACGGCUCCGGACAAGUGCCAAAACUCAAUAUACCUACGUUGAUUGACAAAGACACUCCGUCAACAGCCAAAUCAUGGACAUCGCCAGAAGGGACAAAAUACUCCUUAGUAUUUAGCGACGAGUUCGAGACCGACGGGCGUACUUUCUGGUCGGGAGAUGACCCGUUUUGGGAGGCAGUGGAUUUCAACUAUUGGCCAACCGGUGAUUUAGAAUGGUAUACGCCAACGCAAGUGACAACGGAAGGCGGAAAACUGGUACUCACGAUGGAAGAAGUAGAAAAUCACAAUCUUAACUUCCGAAGCGCUAUGCUUCAAUCAUGGAACAAGUUCUGUUUCACGACCGGAUAUAUCGAGGUGUCUGUCAGUGUGCCUGGGUCCCCUAUGGCACCUGGGUUCUGGCCAGCUAUUUGGACGAUGGGCAAUCUGGGCCGCGCUGGAUAUGGAGCGACAACUCAAGGAACAUGGCCCUUCUCGUACGACAGCUGCGAUGUUGGAACAUUCCCGAAUCAGACGUACUCGAACAACACGCCGACUGCGGCGGAGGGCCUGAGUUUCCAGCCGGGGCAGAAGCUGUCGGCUUGCACCUGCGAAGGUGGCGACCAUCCAGGGCCGUCAGUCAAUGUCGGACGGGGCGUUCCGGAAAUCGAUGUCUUUGAGGCUCAGGUUGACGUCAGUGUAUGGCGAGGACAAGUGUCGCAGAGUAUGCAAAUCGCACCGUACAACUACGACUAUGAAUUUGACAACUCAAGCUCUGUCACCACCAUAUACGACAGCGAUAUCACUUCCCUGAAUAGCUACAAGGGUGGCCAAUACCAGCAGGCGGUCUCGGCAGUCACGUACAUCAAUAGCUCUGUCUACAACAACAGCGAGUAUUCAAUCUACGGCUACGAAUGGUACUCGAAUCCAAAGGCCCGCUCUGAUGGAUUCAUCAAAUGGUACAGUAGCGGAGAGGAGUCGUGGCAGGUCACCGCUGGCUCGAUUGCGGCGGAUGAGACCGUGGAGAUUAGCGAUCGGUUGAUCCCAGAAGAGCCCAUGUAUAUCGUCAUGAAUUUUGGCAUGUCUCCUGGCUUCCAAGCGCAAGACUGGAUGCACUUGGAGUUCCCUGCAAAGAUGUACAUUGACUAUAUUCGUGUAUAUCAGCAAGACGGUGUGACGGAUGGCACGACGUGCAAUCCACCAAGCUAUCCGACAACGGAUUAUAUCAAUGACCAUCUGAACGCGUAUUCAGAUGCGAACCUCACGACAUGGGCACAGGCUGGAUAUGAUUUCCCGGCCAAUUCGCUGUACAAUGGGUGCUGAUGUGAAUGACGACCGGUCUCGUCUACUUCCAGUCAUCUUGAGCCAAAUUCUACCCUGUUGUGACUGUAAUGUUGUGCAUCGUGCAUGCGCUCAGCUUCAUUUGUGACGAUUACGCACAUCUAUACCGUGGACAUUUAUUCUACCACCUACUACCCACUAUUGUCUCCCUACUCGACCCCUCAUGGGGCAUGGACACACGGACUGAUACAAGUCCUUGCACGGUACAUGCUUGCUUCGUCGAUACUGCAGUCUCGUUAGCUAUCCUUCUUCGGCUGUCGUUGUGGUGGGUGGGCCCGACCGCCUAGUAGCCUAUGUAGUGUAUAUGCAUAGCUAUUAGACACUUUGUCCUGCUGCUUUCUCGUAUAGACUUAUUGCCAAAGCU